AUGGAGUCGAUUUUGCCUUUAAUUUUUUUUACUUUAUUUUGGUUUUUUAUUAGUUUUUUUGGGGUUAUUUUACAACAGUAAAAGAUUAUAUUUGGAAUACUAAGUAAAAAGUUAAUAAUAUAAAAAUUUAUAUAGGAAAUUAUUUUUAAACGUAAGGCUUAUUAUUAUCUUAAAGAUUUUAGUAUAAAUUCGAUAUUUAAGUUUAAAGUGUAUGGUAAAUACAGUUUAGAAUAAUAUAGUAGUAAUUCAAAAGAAUUUUUACAUAAGGGAGAGAUGAUGAAUGAAGGAAUGGAAAUUUAUAUAGUUAAAAUCCUUAAGCUGAUUGAAUUUUAAGAAAUUAAAUUUUAAUUCAUAUGGUUGAUUUAAUGUUACCAAAGUAUAUGAACUAUUUAAAUAUUAUUUUGUUCUAUUAGUACAGGGUGUAUUAUUGUAUUUGAAAAUAAUAUUUAUAAAACUAUUUCAAUACAUCAUGUGAAAAAAGUGCAAGAAUUUGAAUCAAUAGUUGAAACAUUCAAAAAGUAAUAAAUUUAUAUUUAUAUCGGAUUCAGCUGGAAUACUUUUUUAUAAAUCAUAUUAGAAUAAAUAAGGGCUGUUUAACUAUGUCUUAUGGAGAAUUAGUUAUUUAAUCAACAAAAUCUUUUUAUUUAGGUUAUACUUCUUGUGUUUUGUGCUUUCAAUUAAUUGAUUCACUUUAAGAGAAUUGCUAUGUAUAAUGAUCAUAAAAUACUACAAUCAUUUAAAAAAUAUAUAUAAGGGCUUAAUUUCUAUUUAAGAAAGGAUAUUUUGUGA